CUGGCCGAACGCAGCGGAUCCGCCUGUUAUCUUUUCUCAGGAUGAAAGUCAUUUUCCAUCCAGACUAGACAGAAAAUAAACAAAGAAACAGAGAACCGAGAGCCUGGAGGAGGCUCGGCAUAGUCCGAAAGGCCAGCAGAGCAAUACGAGCUAAAUACGUUAACCACAUCCGGUUUGUUUCACCGCCAGCGCUUUAAGUCGUCAUGAAUCACAACCCAAGCCAACACCUGUCUGAAGGUGGGAAGGAACCUGUUGGUGGCCUGCUGUGUGGCCUUGGUCUGGGAUCUGACCGGGGGAUGUGCUCCCCGGACAGCCUUGUUUACACCCCCAGCCCUACCGAGGAUAACACCAGCUCUAGCCCCCCGCUGCUGCUGUCUCCUGGGCUGGGAAGCCUCGGGCUUGGCUCUCUGGUUGAGGGAGCUGGAGCCGACUGGGAGAGCAGAGAGGAGCUGAGACUCCGAGAGCUAGAAGAGGCUCGUGCAAGAGCGGCUCAAAUGGAGAAGACCAUGAGGUGGUGGUCAGACUGCACUGCCAACUGGAGAGAGAAGUGGAGCAAGGUUCGUGCUGAACGAAACAGAGCACGUGAUGAGAUCCGUCAGCUCAGGCAGCGGUUGGACACCUUGACCAAGGAGCUGACCAGCGUACGGAGAGAGCGCCAGGAGCUCACCUCAGAGAAUGAGACGCUGCGCCAGGAGACACUGCGCCUCCGGGGCGACAUCCCACCUCACCAUGCCACCUCUACGUCUCCCUCCUCCUCCCCCCUACACUCUCACAUCACGUCCUCCUCUUCUUCCUCAUCUGUUCCUCCUUCCUCCUCUGCAUCUUCCCUCUCUUCUUCUAAGGCCAACGCGAACUUUAAACCUGACGGGGCUGUGGAUGGACCACCAGGAUCUCCAGAACCAGAACCAGUGAGAGAUGUGGAUCUAAACAGGCAAAAGAUAGGUCAACAAAAGGAUAUGGAGCUGCUGGAAUCAGUGUUGCGUUCAGGAGCAGCUGGCCUUGACUCUGAAGAGACGUGGGACAUUCAUGGUGUUAAUCCAACCGGAUCGCGCUCGUCCUCUGGUCUGAGCCGGCAGGAGCGCAGCAGGCAGCUACAAGAGGACGUGAGCGUGGUGGAGAAAGACUCUAGCAAGCUGAACGCCCUGCAGCUUCGACUCGACGAGUCCCAGAAAGUCCUUCUGAAAGAGAGAGAAGACAAGCUCGCACUGAGUAAAAGCAUUGAGAGGCUGGAGGCUGAACUCAGUCAAUGGAAACUUAAAUACGAGGAGCUCAGCAAGAGCAAACAGGAAGCCCUCAAACAGCUGAACCUGCUGAAGGAAAUGCAUCAGGAUGAACUUGGCCGCAUAUCUGAGGACUUGGAGGAUGAACUGGGAGCUCGGACAAGCAUGGACAAGAAGCUCGCUGAGCUUCGGGUUGAGAUGGAAAGACUGCAGGUGGAAAACGCUGCUGAGUGGGGGCGCAGGGAACGCUUGGAGACAGAGAAACUGGCCCUUGAGAGAGACAACAAAAAGUUAAGAGCCCAGGCUGAAGACCUGGAGGAGCAGUUGACUAAGAAGCGUCGGCAGGCUGCUUCUGCCUUGGACACAGACCUCAAAGCUAUCCAGAGUGAGCUGUUUGAGAAAAACAAGGAGCUGGCUGAUCUUCGCCAUGUUCACGUGAAGCUAAAGAAGCAGUUUCAUGAGAAGACUACAGAGCUGGUCCAUGCAAAUCGGAGGGUGGAGAGCCAUGAAGCUGAAGUCAAAAAGCUUCGUCUCAGAGUGGAAGAACUGAAAAAGGAGUUGGGGCAGGCUGAAGAUGAGUUGGACGAGUCUCAUAACCAGACGAGAAAGCUGCAGAGGUCUCUAGAUGAGCAGGUGGAGCAGAGUGAGAACCUGCAAGUACAACUGGAACACCUGCAGUCCAGACUGCGGCGGCAGCAGCAAGGUCCUGGACUGUUUGCGAAGAUGCGGUCUGCUCGCUUCAGUCCAGAAACCACAGAUGGACCCAGCAGCGACGUUGAUGAGGAGGAGGAGAACCUACAGCUCCAGAUCCCAUGACGCAAGCCGAGACCCUGGACACCCAGCUGUUGUAGAAAAACAUUGUCUCUGAGUAGAAACUUCUGAGGCUCUUUUAGCUCUUCAACAUUCCUUAUCACUUAAUUAUCUGGAAAACAUGCAGGAUGCCUCAUCAGGAUGCUAAAAGUGAUUUCAUCAGUCAGUCACCUUAUUACAAACAAGGUCAGGAUGUCCCGUUUCCUGAGACAUCCCAUAAUGUAGAGGUAAAAAGUUGAAUUCAGCAUACAUGUAUUUAGAUCAGACACUUCUCCAAGACUCACCCAGAGGACCGAGCGUGACCCAAGUUCCUGGGGGGUGGUUGUUCAGCUGGAUGCUACAAGAAGAGCUUCACCUGUCUGUGUGAAACACCAACAGCUCAUCAAAACCUUUCGUUUCAUUUUCUUACAAACAUCAAACUUUUAGAUCGUUUCUACGUCCUCACCUGCACCUCAACUAUUGACAUGAUUCAGCAUCACUCCUGCUUGGCUCUCCUCUUCAAGUGUCUUUGACCAAGGACAAAACUACCGACAUGGGCGGAACCUGGGUUUGGACCAGCAACCCAUUUGCUACAGGGCAAGCCCCAGGUUCAAACAGACUAAUGAAAUGUUUCCUUACAGCACUGGCGGCACCAGGUGGAAGUUAGGUAGCAACGGUAAGACUCGGCCCAGCACCCCCCACUGCUCACUAAGCAAUGGAAGGGAAAAGGUCCUUGAGCUGCCCCGCCCUUACAGACUGGCUACAGAGAUCCAGAGUCACUGCCGUUAGCAGCUUAGGUUCAUGUCAACAAACAAGCCCCUACAGGUUACCAGGCAUUAGCUAGCCUUAGCUAGCGCUUGACCCAGGUUAAAACACAACCGUCCCUCAGCGAGGUGUGUGUGUUAACGUGUGCAUAUCAAGCUUUGCUGGUCUGAAUCCUUAUAUAGUUGCGUUCUGAACGUUUACCGUGUCUAACCCUAACCUUACUGCCACUGGGAGAGAUGAUAAAACAUCGUCUUCGUGAGGAAGCUGAACUGGUUCUGUGCAGGCAGCAGAAGCUGCUCCUCCUCGAUGCUCAGAGACACUGGUGGAGGUGGGUGCUGCUUGCAGAGGGAGGAACAGAUGUGGUUUCACCAGAACUCCGUGGGUCAGACAGACAAUGGCAGAGCUCAGGAAGAACGCACAACCAUGAUGUUUUCGUUUAUUUCCUGAUCUUAUCCUUUCUUCAGGGACACAGAGAAAAAGUCAUUUUCUAAGUGACCUGUCAGCAGGACAGGAAUUGUCUCUAUGAAGGGGACGAUGUCCACAGAAACCAGUCACAUCACUGGUUCUUUUAUGGCAGGUUGCAACAAUGAGACUUGAAAUGAUUAACUAUUUUUCAUGUUGCAUCCAAAGACAUGCCAGUAAGGUAGAAACGUGGUUUAUAGUCAGUGAGGGGAGGUUUCUGAUGUCAGCGGUGAUAUCUUCCAGGGUUUCAGGGUCCAUGUGUGUCUAAACUCACUUUACUCUGAACUGUCACAGACACUGCCUAGAAGACACAAAUCUGUCCAGGAUGUCCUCCUGUCUUAUAUACAAAUACACAGCAGCCUUGAGGACAGGGUCAGAGUGGCAUCCUGGUAGAACGUAGAGCACAAACCCGAUGGACUUAAAACAGAGGAUCCAGGUGUGCUUCAGCCUGCAUUUUCAGGUCUUCUGCCUUUAAUCCACUUCUGAUGCUGGUUGGGGACCAAGUUGUUUAUACUGAUGAAAACUGGUUUGUAUUGAUUCUGUAUUUCUGCUGUUGUUUUUUAUGAAGCACAUGUACCACAGUGGUUUUGUAUUACCUCUAUAAACGUCACCUGUUCAAAGCAUG